AGUUUCUCUUUUGAAUUUUCACAAACGUUUUGGGAUCUGUCCAUCCUUGUCGUUUUCCAUCUUCCUGCUCCUUUCAGCUAUUGCAUUAUUUCCAGUUUGAGUUUGCCAGUUCUCUAGUUUGGACCUACAAUACCUGAGGUUAGUCCUUCUUUUCGCGAAAAUCGUGAAAAUGGCGGAAGCCACAGGUGCCUCAAAUGCAAAUCCAAAUGCUGAAGUAGUGAGAGGCCAGGUUUUUGAAGUAGGUCCUAGAUAUACCAACCUCACUUACAUCGGCGAAGGCGCUUAUGGAAUGGUCGUAUCCGCCCUCGAUACAGUCACUAACACUAAAGUGGCAAUCAAGAAGAUAUCUCCUUUCGAACAUCAAACAUAUUGCCAGAGAACACUCAGGGAAAUCAAGAUACUUACGAGGUUUAAACACGAGAAUAUUAUCGACAUACGGGAUAUCUUGAGAGCAGUUACGAUAGAUGCAAUGAAGGAUGUGUACAUAGUUCAGUGUUUGAUGGAAACAGAUCUCUAUAAGUUACUCAAAACGCAGAGAUUAAGCAACGAUCAUAUAUGUUACUUCCUGUAUCAAAUUUUGAGGGGACUGAAGUAUAUUCAUUCGGCUAAUGUACUACAUAGGGAUCUUAAACCUAGUAAUCUACUCCUUAAUACUACCUGUGAUUUGAAGAUAUGUGAUUUUGGUUUAGCAAGAGUGGCAGAUCCCGAUCACGACCACACUGGUUUCCUGACAGAAUACGUCGCGACCAGAUGGUACAGAGCUCCUGAAAUUAUGCUCAACUCCAAGGGCUACACAAAGUCCAUCGAUAUAUGGUCAGUGGGAUGUAUUCUAGCAGAAAUGUUAUCGAACAAGCCAAUAUUUCCUGGAAAGCAUUAUUUAGAUCAACUGAACCACAUAUUAGGAAUACUUGGUUCUCCUUCACAGGAGGAUCUCGAUUGUAUCAUUAAUGUGAAAGCCAAGGGCUAUCUGCAAAAUUUACCUUACAAACCGAAAAUACCAUGGGCUAAGCUCUAUCCGAACGCCGACCCAAAAGCCCUGGACCUCUUGGACAAGAUGCUGACCUUCAAUCCUCAUAAGAGAAUAGAGGUUGAAGACGCCUUGGCACAUCCGUAUCUAGAGCAGUAUUACGAUCCAGCCGAUGAGCCGGUUGCCGAGAAGCCCUUCAGGUUCGACACAGAAUUGGACGAUCUUCCAAAAGACGUUCUGAAGACGUUGAUUUUCGAAGAGACGCUCCUUUUCAAACAGAGACAGCAGGAAUCCACCCAACGUCAGCAAAUGGGCACAACAUAGUUAUUCGAAAUAAGCGUUUAAUUCGAUAAAAUUUUCUACUUGUUUUAUAAAUUGGUGAAGGUUAUCAGUGCUUUCCAGUUACAAAAACUCGACUACAAUUGCAAAAUUCUCCAUAAGGAUAAAACAAACAUCAAGAUAGAUGUACAUACGAACCAUGAAAUGAAGUAGCUAUAAAAAUGCUUUUUGCGAGAUCCAUAUUUCUUAAGUAUUUUUUGAAUGCUGAAAAAACCUUCUGAUCAAAUCAAUUUUUUUCAGAUUUAAUGAAUCUUUGUAAAUAAUCAUCUUUAUCACUUCGAAUUAUUUAUUAUUUUAAUGUAAUUUUUACAUAGUCAAAGCAUAAUUAUUUCAAUUUAUUUUACAGAAGGUUUUUUAUAAUUGCAAGAUAUUCUUGCGUCUGUUUGUGAAUAAUCGGUUUCUUCAUUUUUACCAUUUAUGAAGUACAAAUCACUUUUAGUGUGUAGGAAUUUUUGUCAAAACGUUGUCCUAGAUUGCUAGCUUUGAAAAUUCUCGUUUCAGUAGUAGCAUUUAUUUCGACAGAAGUACGAAUCCUUGAAAAAAAAAUGUAUAUAGUCCAUCUAUACAUUUGAAGAAGUUUCACAUGAAGUGUUUCAUCCUUGAUACCAUAUUUCUCAGUCUGUUUACUGGCAAUUAUUGUUAAUCUUUUUUCAAAUCGAUAUUUAUACAACCAAUAAAUGAAGUUUCCAGUGAUAAAAUUAACCUGAGAGGCUGAUAUUCUAAAUUAUACAUAUGAUUAUGUCCUCAAAUUUCACGUCUAAAAACUGUAUAUUCAACAACUAUACUUUGAGUACAGGUUGAAUAAAAAGCCAUUAGAUCAUGAAUUAUUCUAAAUUUAAUCAUUUCACUUUGAAAUCAUUAAAUAUAUUGAAUUCUUUGAAGUAUUAGAAGGAGAGUGUAGUUAGAUAUCUAUAAGUUAGGAAGUGAGUUUUUGUGUUAAGCAAACUACUGAGAUUGACUUGUUGAAUUGUUAUUUCGAUAUUUCUCGAAAAACUGAAACAAGCAGUGAGCAACAUGAUAAUUAAUUGAUUUGCCUCCCACAAGAGGGCGAUCUCAAGAAAGAAAUAAGUCAAAGAAGAUGAUUCUGCGAAUUUUGGAAACGAAAAAUUGGGUACUUCGAAAAAUGUUUUUCAUUUCGAGUAAGUUCAGGUUUCACUACAACAAAUGACCAAAAAUUACAAUAAUGAUGUGGAAAUUAAAAUUGUGAUGCAAAAUAUCUAUACGGAAAAAAUAGAAUGGACUUGCAAUGUUGAACAAAAUAUCAAAUAGAAAUAGCACCUUAUAAAUACUCUCUCAUAAAUAUUAAUGAGGACAUUGAAUAAAAUUAAUACACUCUUUCAAUGUUUGAAAUAGUUGAAAUUAAGCAAAAUAGGGCAGUUCAUUCUGUUAAUAAAUAUCGGGAAUCACGCACAUCUUAGCAUCCCUUUUUAACUGUUAAAUAUUAUCAAAGGAUUUAUGGAAAAGAGCAGUGUUCAUGAAAUCAGUAUUCCUGAUGUUAACAUUAAUAUAAUAUCAGUUAGUUACAACUUCACUCAUCAGAAUUAUAUGGAACAUUGAUAAAAUCUGUACAGAAAACAUCGAAGGGAUUUGUAUCUGAUAUCUUUUAUCUUCACUAUCAUUAACUUGAUUAAAUUGUCUUAUUUUUGAAAAAUUUCACAUCGUCUGUGAUUUCUGUCCACUGUUUGAAUAUCAUAAGUUUUUAACAUUGAGGAGGAACACUAGUGUUAGAAGAAAAUAUAUUAUGUUACAUGGUUAAUUGAAAAAUUUAAAUCAAAUCAUAGAUUUUUUAUUCUUUGUUUCAAACGUCUCAAAAGUUUUAUAUUCUUGAAUCAAGGUGUUCGAUGUUUAAAUUCAUCCGGUUUUGUUGAAAAUAAGAUAUCUGAUUUCAGCAUUGAUUUGACUGGAAUGGUGUCUUAAAAUAUAAUAGUUUAAAACAUGUUACAUGGUCUCUACAAUGAAUUUUCUUUCGAUUUCUCCACAAAGGAAACAGAAAGCUCCAUAUGAGAAUAUUCAUAUCUGUAAGAAAAUCAGUUAAUCUUUAUCUCUUUAUAAAACUGAAAUUUUAUUGAAAGUCAAUUCAUCUCUUUAAACCUGAUUUCGGUUCAUUUGAACCGAUUAAUCGUUGGAAUCAGUGUUUUUAUCAAUGUUGUCUCCAAUAUGAAAUUACACAUGCUAUAAAUUAUCUAUGUGAUCGAUACAUUUUUAUGUGAGAUAUAUACUAUGAAGUUAUUAUCGAGGUUGAAUUGAAUUUUUUGUAUUUUGUAAUAAUGCAACCCAAUUCUUAACCUUGUUAUAUAAUAAUCCCCAAUUUGGAUUUCUAUUUCACUCGAGGUCUAUCAAAACAGAUUUGGAUUAAUAUUCAAGAGAUAGUGAUGUGGUUUAUAAUGUUUUUAAUUUGGUGCUUUGGAAUGAAUGUUUACACCCAUUGAUUGAUAUUGUUUUAAUUAAAGAAAGUCUUGAUUGUAAGUGAUCAAUAUAAAAUCCUCAUAUCUUGAAAAUUGAAACCCUCAAGCAAUUUACAAUAGCAAUGUUGAUGUAGUAAUUCGAUAAUAACUAGUACCUACGAGUUUCUAUUGUAAAAUUGCGUUGAUGAAAUGAAUUUUUUGUGAAUGGAAAAUUUGGAUAUUUUGUCUGUUUUUAUUCUGAGACAAUUGUUAGUAGUCUUACUACAUCUUGAAUAUUGUACAAUGAGAAAAUAAGUAGGAAUGAUGAGUGUAGUAGAAAUGGAUUUGUAUAAGUGCAAAAUGUACACAUGGUUGUUGAAUAAGGCCUAAAAUUUUCUCAAUUAAUGUUGUUGAAUAUUAUUGUUACAUGGUAUUGAAUCUUCAUAUUCCAAAAAUUCUGUAGUAGUUAUGAAUAUAAUAAAAUAUCUCAUGUGCAA